UCGAGUGGAUUUGUUUCAAGGGGAAACAUUUUCUAUCGACACCGCUUCUGGUUAGAGUUACUGGCCCUCAUUCAAGAUGGCCAACCUUUUAGGUUUUUCUCGUUUAAUGACGGGAGUUUCAAGACAAAUUGGUUUGUCUGAUAGCAUUGCUGUCAGAUGGGCUUCAAAGAAGGCAGGAAGCAACACAAGGAACAAAGUUGGCAGUACACCUGGCAAAAGCAGGGGAUUGAAGAAAAAAGAAGGUUCAUUCAUCCAUAAAGGCGAAGUCAUUUUUACCCAGCUUGGACUGAGAUAUUAUCCAGGAGAGAAUGUUGGUUUGCUGCGAGACAAAACGUUAGUGGCGUUAUGUGAUGGCAAAGUGAUGAUAUCCCACGAGUACCUUGAUCCAUUCCCUGAUAGUCCUCUCUAUGAACCUGUCAAAAAGGGCGUCCUUAUACGCAAAAAAUUCUUUCAUGUUAUCCCAGUCCCACUACAUGCCAAGUUUCGCUUAGUUUCCCAAAUCUAACCACCACCACCACCACCACUACCACUACUAGUAAGGGAGGAUGUUGACAUUAGAUGACAUUUUGGCAACAUCUGUGAUGGACUGUUGAUAGAUACUCUGCUAAAUUCUCUCAUUUGUACGGAACCCAGGGAACAAUUUCAGUUUCCUUUUGGAAUUAUUUAUUAUUAUUUAUGAACAUUUUCAGUUCUUUUAAAUCAUAAAAUGUUAAACAUGACUUGGUCAAUGCCUUGUUUUAUUUACAACACCCUGCUACUGUGACCACAUAUACUCCCGGUUACAUUUGGUGACAUCUCUCUGGUCGACCAACACUCAAACAUACACAUCUACAUAUACAUGUGCAUGUUUAUGCACACAUACACACGCCUAAACACCGGUCAUCUUUCAUAUCAUCUAUUUUUGCUUACAUUUUCAUAAUAAUAAUAAUUUCCUGCAUUGACACCGAGUAUAUUA